AUGUGGUCCUUAAUAGAUUAUAUUCUUCAAUUUACACCUUAUGCUGAAUUAGCUGGAGGAUUACAUCCAGUAGCCUCUGUCAUUGUUACGUUUUUAUUACUUUCCGUAGGUUAUCUAAUGACUAAUUCUCUUUGGAGCAAAAUUAUGGGAAGGAAUAAAUUCCAACCUAAAGGAAAGCAUGUUUAUGUUACGGGCGGCAGUAAAGGACUUGGUAAGGAGUUUGCCAAGUUAGUGGCUUCUAAAGGAGCACAUGUCACAAUCUGUGCUAGAAACAGGGAUGAUUUGAAUCGUGCUCUAGAAGAAAUUAAAGAUGCUGCUAAAGCUCGUGAGGAUUAUGAAACUUUGAAAUUUAACGCAGUAUCAGCUGACUUAUCAAAAUAUGAUGAUUCCAUUCGUGCACUUGAUGAAGCUUCAUCAAAACAUGGUGGAAGAGUGCCUGAUGAGGCCGUAAAACGUAUGGCUCAGCAAGGUGUCAAAGGCAAGGUCGUUUUUGUUAGUUCUGUAAUGGGACUUUGUGGUUUUAUGGGAUUUUCUUCGUAUGCUCCAACAAAGCAUGCUAUUAGAGAUAUAGAAGGUGAUGAUAAAAUAACUCCAGGGGAAGGUGCCAAAGCCUUGUAUAAAGGCAACUUUUUCAUUACUUCAGACAUUAUUGGCGAUGCAAUUAGAGCUUCAACUUUGGCAGACUAUCCCGUUGCUCCCGCUGAUAGACAAAAGCUUAAUUGA